UUCUCUCUCUUCUCCUUUCUCUCUCACGAACUAGCCUCAGGGCUCUCUCUCUCUCUCUCUCUCUCUCUUCUCUCUCUCUCUGAAAAGUGAAGGGAAAAAACCCCUAAAAACCUUUGAUCUCGCCGGGUCUUCAUCUCCGUCACCGACGACGGUGAGAUUAUUCUACUGUAGUUUGAAUUGUUUUCACAGAUUGCGGCGGAUCGGAUCUGGGCUAGGGUUUUUGGUUUCUGUGGAAAGCCCUAUUGGUGGAGGGAGGAGGAGGAGGAGGUUAAUUUGUCAAGUGAGGGGAAGGAGUGAAGUGGAGCUGACACCGAAUCGGAGCAGAAAUGUACAAGAACCAGCUUCAAGAGCUGGCGCAGAGAAGUUGCUUUAAUCUUCCCUCGUAUACCUGCAUUAGGGAAGGACCAGACCAUGCGCCAAGGUUUAAAGCUACUGUUAACUUCAAUGGUGAGAUCUUUGAAUGUCCUCAGUACUGCUCUACUCUCCGCCAGGCUGAGCACUCCGCCGCUGAGGUCGCCUUGAACGCCCUCUCUAACCGUGGUCCCCCUCAUUCGCUUGCAGCUAGAAUCCUGGAUGAAACAGGAGUUUACAAGAACCUCCUGCAGGAAAUUGCCCAAAGAGUUGGAGCGCCAUUGCCACAAUAUACAACAUUCAGGUCAGGCCUUGGCCACCUACCUGUUUUUACAGGGAUAGUAGAAUUGGCUGGAAUAACGUUUACUGGAGAACCUGCCAAGAACAAAAAACAGGCAGAGAAAAAUGCUGCAAUGGCAGCUUGGUCAGCUUUAAAACAAUUGGCUAAAGAAUCAGCAAGCUCUUCAUCAGAACCAGAAAACAAUGAUGAGCUGGAGCAGAUCACUAUAGCUCGAGCCUUAUUGAAUUAUCGCCAAAAAGAAAAAUUGGCUAUGUCAAAUCCAAAUGCAACGAUACCAUUCCACAAAAAACUUCAAAUUCAGACUCCAAGGCCAACUAGUCCCCAACGACCCCCUGCUCCCACAUCGAAGAUUCUUCCCCUAAUUUGCCAGAAGGCAGCUCCUCGAAGCAGAGCUCCAUUUUCAGCAAAUAAAAUUCCCAUUCCUCAAUCUCAAACUCCUGCACUAGAAGGCUCUGGACCCCGCCCCCAGAAGUUCAGUGCCGGAACCGCUCUUUCUUAUAUUCCUGUUCAGCAGUUUAGGACAUCUUGCCAUGGUAUUGCCCCACCAGUUACAAUUAGAACAGCAAUGCCUGUGUUUUCUGCCCCUCCUCUACCGCAACCUUCAAAGCUUCCACCACAGCAAGUAAUUCGAGUCCCUCCCAUACGGAUUGCCCCACCGGUUUCUAUUAGGCAAGCAAUUCCUGUCUUUGCUGCUCCCCCAGUACGCAAAGAAAAUCCUCCUGUAGUUAAAAAAGAAGAAUGUCCAGCUCCAGCUGCUCCAAAAGAAGACCCACCUGCUCUUUCCGCACCUGUGACCGUGACUGUGCCCUCGCCGCCUACUGUAGUAUCAACUGCUGAAGUAGAACAAGCUACAUUUACAGUGGUGAACAGUCCGGAAGAAACUAAGACAUUAGAGAACCUUGAGGAACUCAAAAUUUGAUGAGGUGAUUCAUUAGGAAAAGACCACAUAGGAGAUUGUCGUAUGGUUUUGCAGUAAAGUUAGGUUAUCUCAUCUUGUCUGCAUCUUAUUUUGAGUGUCAACCCUUUUCUCUUUUCAUCUUUUUUUUUUCUUUUUUUUUUUAAUCUUUUUCUCUUUUUCUCUUUUUUUCUUUUUGCCCCGUUUUGUUAAACAUGAGUUGUUGAGAGGUGGAAAAAUUAGUAUGAGCAUCCCUGCAGCAUUGCCAUUUCAACAGCCACUGUGUCAACUUAUGUACUUAUAUAUUAGUAUCUUUGGGCAUGUUGUCCCAUCUUCUCCGAAAACUCUCUUCUGAUCUGCAUCCCCAAGACCAGCUCGAUGAGGGUGCACCGAACAUAUUAAGUUCGUCAUCCAGCGGUUCUGGUAACCAUCUCAUCGCUCGGGAUCCUUCAUUUCCAUUUUUUGCUAUUCUGUAUUUUCAUGCAUGUAUAUAUAUAAUAUUUGCUAAUCUUGUCUAGACAGUGAUUCUGAAUGGCCCCUAAAAGAGGUUGGGUUGGUGAAAUUUCGAGGUGAACGAUCCUUGUAUUUCAGGUGUUGAAAAUUGCUGUUUGCUAAGGAAGAGAAAUAGUUCAUCUUCCUCAAACUCAUAAGCAGUUUUUGAGGAUGGAGAUCAAAAUUGAUAUAGAUUCAAUUCGAUUUAGUAAAAUGCCCGAUGAAACUUUGAUUGA